AUGGAUGUAAGAUUUUACCCAGCUGCAGCUGGCAGCUCUCUUCCCGGAGACCCUUCCAAUCUGGACUUUGCCCAGUGUUUGGGUUACUACAGCUACAACAAGUUUGGAAACAAUAACAACUACAUGAACAUGACGGAGGCAAAUAAUGCAUUUCUUACUGCAAAUGAGCAGACAUUCCAUACUCCAAGCCUUGGAGAUGAAGAGUUUGAGAUCCCACCAAUUACGCCCCCUCCUGAGUCAGACCCCACGCUGGGAAUGGCAGAUAUACUGUUGCCCUUUCAGGGUCUAGGCGACCAGCUGCCUGGACAAGGAAAUGAAUUUACACCCCAGUUUCCUCCACAGAGCUUGGAUCUUCCUUCUAUUACAAUAUCACGAAAUCUUGUGGAGCAAGAUGGUGUAAUCCACAGUAAUGGAUUGCAUAUGGAUCCUAGCCACUCACAAGUUUCACGGUAUCGCCAGGAUCAUUCUUUGAUUAUGAGAUCGAUUGUUCAUAUGACGGAUGCUGCUCGUUCAGGAAUUAUGCCUCCUAGUCAGUUAACCACCAUUAACCAGUCUCAGCUAAGUGCACAGUUGGGACUAAAUUUAGGAGGCACUAGCUUGCCACAUACUUCUCCUUCACCUCCUGCAAGUAAAUCAGCAACUCCUUCCCCUUCCAGCUCUAUAAAUGAAGAGGAUGCAGAUGAAUCAAACAGAGCUACUGGAGAAAAAAGAGCUGCUCCAGAUUCUGGCAAGAAGCCCAAGACUCCAAAGAAGAAGAAAAAGAAAGAUCCCAAUGAACCACAAAAGCCAGUGUCAGCAUAUGCUCUAUUCUUCAGGGACACACAGGCUGCAAUUAAAGGGCAGAACCCCAAUGCUACAUUUGGAGAGGUUUCAAAAAUAGUAGCAUCUAUGUGGGACAGUUUAGGAGAAGAACAAAAACAGGUAUAUAAAAGGAAAACGGAAGCCGCCAAAAAAGAAUACCUAAAGGCACUUGCUGCCUAUAGAGCUAGUCUUGUUUCUAAGGCGGCUGCAGAAUCAGCUGAAGCCCAGACAAUACGGUCUGUUCAGCAAACGUUGGCGUCCACUAAUUUGUCAUCCUCCCUUCUGCUGAAUACUCCUCUUUCUCAACAUGCAACAGUGUCUGCAUCUCCUCAGACUCUCCAACAGUCCCUUCCCAGGGCAAUCGCUCCAAAACCUUUAACCAUGAGACUGCCAAUGAAUCAGAUUGUAGCUUCUGUUACCAUUGCACCAAACAUGCCAGCAAACAUUGCAGCCCCAUUGAUAAGCUCUAUGGGAACAAAUAUGGUCGCAACACCAUCUUCGUCGCAAGUAAGCCCUUCAAUGCAAACCCAGCAGCAUCAGAUGCAACAACUACAGCAGCAACAGAUGCAGCAAAUGCAGCAGCAGCAACUACAUCAGCAUCAAAUGCAUCAGCAAAUCCAACAACAAAUGCAACAGCAGCAUUUUCAGCACCACAUGCAGCAACAUUUGCAGCAGCAGCAGCAUCUUCACCAGCAAAUUAAUCAGCAGCAAAUGCAACAGCAGCUGCAACAGAUACAGCUUCAGCAAAUGCAGCAGCAGCAAAUGCAACACAUGCAACACCAGUCCCAGCCUUCUCCUCAGCAGCAUUCCCCUGUAGCCUCACAGAUGACCUCACCCAUCCCUGCCAUUGGGAGCCCUCAGCCAGCAUCUCAGCAGCACCAGUCACAAAUACAGUCCCAAACACAGACUCAAGUAUUAUCGCAGGUUAGUAUUUUCUGA